AUGAAUUCAUCGGCACUACUUCAUCCUUCUUCUCCUUUGAUUUUUCAUCGCAACCGAACCAUUAUUUGUUCUUCAUCUAGAAACCAAUCUUACAUCCCUAAACUGGAACCAUUUAGCCGAUCCAAAAUCGACAGAGUCGCAAAAAACCUUCCUCUGAUUGAAAAAUCCGAGAAAGAUCUCUCUGAUUAUUGUUCUACACUUGAUGGUGAUGAAUGUUAUAGUUGCUGGCAGGCUUAUUUCGAGCUCAAAGAUCUUGAAAAGGAGUCACCGAGAGCGGAUAUAGAGAGGUUAAUUAUUGAGAUUGGUGGUGUGAAAUCGUUGAUAGGAUGUAUACAUGGAAUUGCGCUAAUGCAUAAAUUGAAGAAGGAUGGAUUAAAAUUGGCGAUGGAAAUAGAAUCAAAAGAUGAACAAAAUCUUUGUCCUAGACCAGAUGGAUUACCAAAAUCUGCUGAUGAAAUGAUGGAAGAAGAGAAAGCAAGAAUGCCUGAUUCGUCGUAUACUAAGCUUCUUAGAUCCAUGGGAAAGUCACCUGCAUGGUAUUCUGAAGCACCGGAUCAUGAAACAGAUUGA